GAAAACAUUGUAUUUGAUGGAGUUUUCGUUCAAAACGGUUUUAAAUCUCGACAGAAUACGCAAACACUAUAAAACGUUAUCAACAUUGACUUCGCAAUUUAAACAUAAUUGUACAGAUGCAAUUUCGGUGUAUUUUGCUUUGCUUUGCAGAUAACUAGAACAACAUAUUAACAUAAGAUGAGAGUUCAACGCUCUGUUCUCACCAUGGUAUUACUGAUCUUGCUGAGUUAUUGUGUCCAACCCGCGGAGGGCAAAAUGCUUGGAGGACUGACGGUGAAACGUACAGAUCGGCGCGUUCGGGAAAUAGCAAAUGCAGCUGCAAGACAAAUUGGCGGCGAAUAUUCGCUCAUUAGUAUUAAGAAAGCCAAAUAUCAGGUUGUUGCUGGUAAAUUGUAUCAUAUCAACAUCAAUUUGUCCAAGACGGGAAUGUCACUGGUAUCGAAGGUUGUUAGCUGCAAAGUCAAGAUUCUUGAUCCACUAACAGGAGGCACGCCGGAAUUGAAAGAGUUUUGUUGCAAAAUGAAAUAAAAGUUAUCAGAACCACAAAGUUUGCGAACAUAGAUUCUUACUUGGGCUUUUUACUUUGCUGCACAUUAAAGAUUAUAUAAAAUAUAAACUAUCACGCGUAUCGUGCUUGUGCACAUGGACCAUUUUCAUCGUAGUUUGCAUUUUGAACUCAUAUAUACGCAAUAGACAUCCAACGAGAAUUACGAUUCUAAAAGACGAAAUCACUGUAUUGUGAAUCCAUUACAUAUGCAUGUUUCGUAUUUUUUCAGCAUCUAUUUAAUUAAUACCGCAAAUAUUGUCUACACAUAUGCCAAGAUAAUGCAUUAUAGCGAAAUAGCACUUUGUA